CAGGGAGUAGGGCUCCUUGUGAGGCACCGGGGCUCGCUGAGGGAGCGCCCUUAACCGUCGUCGGUUUGCGUUUUCCUGAGGCAAGCGGUCCGUUUCCGAAGGGAAAUUUCUUAUUUAGGAAAAAAGCAAAAGCGAAACGUUCGUAGCCGUUUCACCUGCCCGGCCUUAGGGAGCCGGCUGAAAAGCAACGUUAAAAUGGCCCUUGGCGGGCUGGGGCCCUUGUGGUGAUGGGUGCUGAGGGGCCGCUGCCGGGCUGUGGUUGAAAGUGUGGCAAUUGAACGUCCCAGUGCUGCUGGGCGAGGGCUGUGCUACGCUGGGAGCUGAAGCUGUCUUCAGAGAAGGAGAUGGGGGAAAUAGAGCUCAGGGAGAUGGCAGUAAGGCUGCAUCUUAGCCUCCAGUGUUUGGGAGAAUUUUGAUAGCAGGCAAAACAGAAGACAUCAGUGCUGGUAACUUGCUCUGCAAACAAGUGAGCAAGCUGGUGUCAAGGGAAUCACUUGUUUGUCAGAUGUGUUAAUCAAAUGCUGGAUGUGAAAAAACAGAGUUAAAGGACAAUCCGCUACCAAAAACCUUCCUUUUUUCCUCUUUCCUUGAGGGAGUGGUGUCCGUAGAUGUGAGCUAUGCUUUUCCUUGGGAAUCAUGAACACCCAGCAGCAGAACAAAAUUAUUUACUCCUGGUAUGGAAAGCCCACAAACUCAGACAGAAAACUGAGGACUUUGCAGUACAAGGGGAUCAUUAUAAAAUCAGAAAGAAGCAGAACAGAAAAAUGUAUACAGCUUGGCGAGUUUGUUUUAAUAGAAGGGGAGAAUGCAGAUCAGCCUUUUGUGGCACAACUCCUGGAUUUCUAUGAAGAUGGUGCUCAGCAGAAACACGCAGUCGUGCAGUGGUUUUCUCAUAUUACAGAGAUACCUCAGAAUAAACGGAAACUGCUUAAAAGAGAGGUUUCUCCCCAAGAAGUAUUUUUUGAUCAGGUUUCUGGCUACGACAAUGACAUAGCUGUGGAGACGAUUAUUGAAAGUGUUCUGGUCAUACCACUACAUCCAAAGGAGGAACUACCCAUUACAUUAAACAAGGAAAAAAUUUUCUACGUGAAACAGUCUUGGGAUGGGAAAUGCUUUAAGGCUUUGUCCACUGACACGUUCUCUAAGCUGAAAGAAGCUAACAAGAAAGGAGAUGGCAUCCCAAACUCUUUGAACUCUUUUAUUCCUUUCGACAUCAUUUCCUCCAUGAAAAAAGAGACCAAGAGGGUUGCUCGGAGUGUCAUGAAAACAAAAAAUGUUGAGGUAGAAAUAGAAUCAAAACAUUCUGCUUCCAAGUCCUCCCUGUCUAAGGAGAGACAUUCACAAAGAGUGGCUAAUGGCACCAAAACUCCAACAGCAAGGAAGAAGCUACAGUUAAACAGUCCCACAAAAUUUCCUAAAAGCAAGCUCCUAGACUGUGAUGUUCUGGAGCUUUUGGAUGAUGACUGUGAUACUAUAGUAAUGUUAGAACCAUCAGCUGCUAAACGAAAAGUGAAAUUCACUGGAAUUCUAGGCUCGCCGCCAAAAAUACCUUGUGCUGAUGAUGACUCAAAUUCAGUGGGUGAUGCUGCAGAGCACCAGCAGAGAUUUAGUGAUACAAUACGAUUAUCCCCCUAUAGUAACGUCCAAAAAUCUAACGAAAAAGCCAAGAAUCUUAAUAUUAAAGAUGACACUAUGUGCUUAACUGGCCUUCAGGAGCUGGGUAGUCUGAGCCCUAUAGUCACCCCUCGUUCUCGUAGAGCAUGUGCACAGAAGACAAGUGCUCGCAUUGCACAGCAAAUCAGCUUAUUAAAUAUGAUAGAAUCAAACCAGGAAGAGGAUUUUCUGUCUAGCUCAGAUGGAUUGUACUCUUCAAGUAGCGAGGAAGAAGAUAACGAUGUGCUUUGUACACCGGAAAAGAAAACUAAAGCAAGCAGAAUAUUCAGCACCCCAAAAUCUUCAAGGAAGCCUUCAGUUCACACUUAUGCCAAGAUCCUGAAGAAAACUCCUUUACCAGGAACACCGAAGACACCCCGGAAUGCAACUCCUGAAAUUCCCAGACGCAGCCAUGCAGCACAGAAACCAGCCAGUGUGCUAGAAGAAGCCAGAUUAAGGCUGCAUGUUUCUGCUAUCCCCAAAUCUCUGCCCUGUCGUGAAGAAGAAUUCCAGGAUAUCUAUAACUUUGUGGAAAGCAAACUUAUUGAUGGUACAGGAGGGUGCAUGUAUAUUUCUGGAGUGCCUGGAACAGGUAAAACUGCAACUGUUCACGAAGUGAUUCGCUGUCUUCAGCAAGCUGCAGAAAAUGAUGAUGUCCCAGCAUUCGAGUUCAUAGAGAUCAAUGGCAUGAAGCUGACUGACCCUCACCAAGCUUAUGUGCAGAUACUAGAGCUACUGACAGGUCAGAAGGUGACAGCAACCCAUGCUGCAACGCUGUUGGCAAAACUGUUCUGUACGCCUGGACCAAAGAGGAAGACCACAGUGCUCAUAGUAGAUGAGCUUGAUCUUCUGUGGACCCGAAAACAGAAUGUGAUGUACAAUUUAUUUGACUGGCCAACUCAAAAGCACUCCAAGUUAAUCAUCUUGGCCAUUGCUAACACCAUGGACUUGCCAGAGAGAAUAAUGAUGAACAGAGUAGCUAGCAGGCUGGGCCUCACCAGAAUGUCCUUUCAGCCUUACACCUAUAAACAGUUACAGCAAAUUAUUUCAUCUAGACUGAACAGUGUGAAGGCAUUUGAAGAGGAUGCAGUUCAGCUAGUUUCCAGAAAGGUAGCAGCAUUGUCUGGCGAUGCAAGGCGUUGCCUUGAUAUCUGCAGAAGGGCCACUGAGAUCUGCGAGUUUGCUAGCCAAAAGAGUACACCCGAAAUAGUCAGGAUGGCCCACGUAACAGAAGCCAUAGAUGAAAUGUUUUCAUCACCAUAUAUAAAUGCAAUCAGGAAUGCCUCAUUGCAUGAACAGAUCUUUCUGAAAGCAAUUUUAGCAGAGUUUCGCAGGGCAGGAGUUGAGGAGGCAACAGUUCAACAGGUCUAUCAUCAACACAUAUCAUUGUGUAGAAUGGAAGGCAUGCAGAGCCCCACGGUGUCGGAAAUCAUGGCGAUUUGUUCAAGACUUGGUGCCUGCAGGCUCUUGCUGGUGGAGUCCAGUAAUAAGUAUCUCCACAUGCGUGUGCGACUAAAUAUCAGCCAGGAUGAUGUCAUGUAUGCACUCAAGGAUGAAUAAGGCAAUAGAGAUUUUAUUUUUAUAUUUGUAUAAAUGUUUUAAAUAUCAUCUAUUUUAAUUUUAAGUGUUGAUAACAUGGAAAUAGUGGAAUGUAUUUUUCUAAAUAUUUUUGAUGUAUCCAAGCACCUUUUGUACAAUAAAGAAUGUGCUUUGAAGCGUUUUAAAUAUUUGAAAACAAACUAUCUGUUUUGAGGAAAUUCUUAUGUGCUGGUAAGUGGUCCCCUUUCAGCUGAGGUUUACAAAUUGAAAUUGAUUACUUGCAUCACUACGAACAAGCUUAAUCACUAAGGAGCUUUUUCUGUUGUUGAGACCAGCAGUGUCAUUUGUGGCAUUAUGAUGUAUUUAUUUCCCUCAUCGAAUGCUGUAGAGUAUAAAACACAUGAUUAAAAUGUGCCUAAAAUUUUAUUACACUUGUAAUGAAAAUGAACUUUCCAUUUGCGAUCAAGAUUGGAUAUUUAAAUUGGCUAUCUAAAGGAAACUGCUUGGUACUAGAAAAGUAAAAAUAAGAAAAACUGGUCAUUCUAGCAAUUGUUUGUUUUUUCUUUAUUUAGAUGGCAAUCUUGCCUUGGUACUGAGGAUUGCUUUAAGGAAGUAACCUCAGGUAAUCCAUGUCUGUCUAAAAGCUACCUCCAUAAUGGAGCUGUUUACCAAACUGGGUAUCUGUUGGAGAUAGGUAGGUUGAAAACUCCUGUGGAACGGGCUCCAAAUGUUGUUCUUGUUUGAUCUCAGUGAAGGAAAAGUAGAAUGAGGCUGCAGCUAGUAGAAAGCUUCUUGGAGAGCUCCCUGUUGUAAGGUUACAUGUAAUGAAGCUGGGUAUAAUGCUUCAGACGGCUGGGCACCUGAGAUAUAGCAUCCAUUUAUUUAGGGGACUGGAAACCUUGCCGCAGCAGCUUCAGGAACCAUUGACCAUGGAUGUGCCUGGCAGGAGAAGCAAAGCCAAGGGGCUCCUUUAUGGCAACGCGUAUCCUAACUGCUGCAGCUCCUUAUUAACGCG